AUCGUCUGGUCAAAGAAGAAAAUCCAUCAGCCAAUCAAGAAGCAGGUUGCCUUUUAAAACUCAGCCGGGAAACUCGGAACCAAAACAAACGUCAUUUUGCUCGUGCGCUUAGAGGAGGAUACGAAUAAACACGGAAAAGAAACGUGUUUUUUAACCUGUCAACGCUGUGUAAAGCUACAGACAUGGACACCAUGAUUUACCUUGAUCAGGAGAACGGCAGACUGACCACUCCAGCCAUCAAAUCUCGCCAGAACAGACUGCACUCAGCUCCAGAUCAGUGCUUGAGAACACCUCUGACAGGAAAGCCUCGUCUUGGAGCUCCACUGCAAUCCAGCCGAAAAGCUUUGGGAGUCAUAAAUAAGGUUGUUGCCACUCCAGCAGCUUCUCAUAAAGCAGAGGAGAAGACUAAACCUGCCGAAGCCAAGUGUAAGGUGCUUGCUCAGCCUGCUGGUGAGGAGUUGCCAGAGAUUGAGAAGUGCUUCCCAUACAAUCCAAGCGAGUUUGAGACCUACAGUGUUCCAGAUGAACUGUACCUCAGUCGCUUCUCUCUGGCUGGUUUGGUUAAACAGACUUGGCCGGCUGCUUCACCUGUGGAAGAGCUUAUUAUGGAUCCGUGUUUGCCACUCUCACCUGUAAAGAUGCCCAGUGCAGUGGGAUAUGCUGAUGAAAUGGAGGCCUUCCUACAGACGAUAAAUGAGCUGACUGUUGACUUGCCCCCUGAGAGUGAAUUCUAAUUAUUUUUUUUUUUUUAUUUUUUUUUUUUUUUUGUGAUCACUGUACAUUCUGAAUUUUUAACUGUUAAUAAACUUUUUAUAAAAAUGUUCAAGGGCAUCUGUUAAUCAGAAUCUAAAGAUUUUGUUUUGAGAGCUUUUUCAACUUGAGAGCUUUUUCUCUGAUCACCAAUGUUAAGAUCUCAAAGGUGUUAUUUCAUUCAUUAAACAUUUUAAUUGGC